GGUGGCCCCGCCCUCUCGCAAAAUGGAGUUGUCGUCUUCCGUGCAGAGAGGGCUCCGGUCCCUCGGCGAACCGUCCGCCGCGGACCACGCCGCCUUCCCGGCGCUGGUGGACGCCUGCUUCCGCUCUCUGCUCUCCUCCGGCCGGGACGCGGGGUUGCCGGACGAGCCCGAAGUGAAGCAGGUCGAGCGGGUCCUGCUGAAGCGGAUGCACGCUGCGACCACCACAUUCAUCCUGGAAGCGGUCAGGCAAAACGCGGAUGAGUCCACGAUAAGCGCCUGCCUUGACGAGCUGUCAUUCAGUUCAGAAAGAAUACAAAUAUUCUAUAGCUGCUAUCAGAAACACCACAAGGAGUUGGAGCGUUUGUUAGCGAGCAUUGGAAGGCAAGCAGCUCACGUUACCGACGUGUCAUGGCGCCUCCAAUAUCACGUGAAGAAUGGACAGGUCGAUAAGGUCAACGAGCCUUUCUACUUAUUAUCCCUCAACACCGAGAAUAAAGGUCGUCGCGAGGAUCUCCGCUUCACCUGCACCGUGGAGCAGUUGCAGGACAUGGUUGGCAAGCUGAAGGACGCCGCCAAGAGCGCGGAGAAAGCCAGAGGAGGGGGGCCAAGUGGGGAUUUUGGAGGCAAACUUGUGUCGGAGCGGAGCGAGCCGACGCCGGAGGACUUUGGGCCGCGGUGCCAGCGCCGAUCGCACACGCUCGCAAAGUGCCACGGGCGCCCACGGAAGGCGGCGGCGGCGGCGUCGGCGUCGGCGUCUCCCCCCACCACCCACCGCCCCCGCCCCCCGCCCCCCGCCCCCCAGCCGCAGCCAACCGAGCCCGGCACACAGCUCCUUUCGCUCAUCAUGCAUCGGACGACCAGGAUCAAGAUCAGCGAGCUCAACCCUCACCUCAUGUGCGUCCUGUGCGGGGGUUACUUCAUCGACGCCACCACCAUCAUCGAAUGUCUGCACUCAUUUUGCAAAAUGUGCAUCGUCCGUUACCUCGAAACCAGCAAAUAUUGUCCCAUCUGCGACGUGCAAGUGCACAAAACCAAACCUCUGCUCAACAUUCGGUCAGACAAAACCCUGCAGGACAUCGUUUACAAACUGGUCCCAAGCCUCUUUAAAAGUGAAAUGAAGAGGAGACGAGACUUUUAUGCUGAGCAUCCCGUCGAAGCUUCAAACGGCUCCAACGAAGACCGAGGCGAGGUGGCAGACGAGGACAAGAGAAUCAUCACCGACGAUGAGAUCAUCAGCCUCUCCAUUGAGUUCUUCGACCGGAGUGCCGGGCUGGCGGGUGGACUCGAUGACAAGCAUUCAAGCAAAGAUCAGACGGCCAACAAAAGGUACUUGCAGUGUCCGGCAGCGAUGACCAUCAUGCAUCUGAGGAAGUUCCUACGCAGCAAAAUGGACAUCCCCAACACUUACCAGGUAGAAGUCAUGUAUGAAGAUGAACCGCUGAAAGAUUACUACACGUUAAUGGACAUAGCGUAUAUCUACACUUGGAGAAGGACGGGCCCGCUGCCGCUCCAGUACCGAGUCCGGCCGAGCUGCAAGAAGCUGAAGGUGAGCCCCGACCGGUGCGGACCGGAGAGCGACUCGGCCAGCGACAAAGCCGGGAGUCCCGCGGGAGCCCCGUCCGCGUCCGCGUCCGCGUCCGCGUCCGCGUCCACGUCGUCGUCCUUGCCGAGCCCGGGCGACCCGGCGCUGCGCCCCCCCCGCGGCCCCGCCGCCAACGUCAACGGGACCCCGGGGGCGCAGGCCCCUUCGACCUUCGCCCAGCCCCGGAAGAUCGGCUCGGCCACCUCGUCCGGAUGACGCCGACGCCGACGACGCCGUUACCACGGCAACAUAGCGCCGUCGCGUUGUCUUCUUUUGUUUCUGUCUCCGUUCUGACGUUUUACGAUUGAUUGCGUGUCAUUUGUGGAGCGCACUGAAGGCAUUUCAAAAGAAAAGUUCUUCUCAAAUAUUCAGGAACGUCAAGCAUUUAAAAAUCAAAUCCAUAAAUAUGGCUGUAUUUUGUUAUUCACAUCAUUUGCUUUGACCCCUUCCCACAAACGAAACGCGUUUCGCUUCUGGCGCGCGAAGAUUUUCACUUUUUGUGCUCCUUUGUUUUGUUUUUUCAAAUCCUCCGGAGCAGACGUCUCAUUUCGUUGUUUUCUUUGUACGAGGACAAUUGGCACGUUGCAAGCGUUUUCUAGAAGCUGCGUGUCCGUAGAAAAAUACGGUAAUGCCUUUUGCAAUCCACGGCGAUGUUGUUCCGACGCCAACACGCUGGUUUCACGCUCAAUGACGUCACGUCUCCCGUGUUUUCUGUUGAUUGGCUCGAUUGUAUGGACAACUUAUUGUAUUGUUACUGUUGCACAGUAUAAAACAUCUAAAUAAACUUUUACACUUAA